AUGGAUGAGGCUGGCUUCAACCUAACGAAACGCAGAAGGCGUGGUCGAAAUAUCAUCGGCCACAGAGCUACAGUUGAUGUGCCAGGCCAACGGGGCGGGAACAUAACCAUGGGUGCUGCUAUCUCUGAGAAUGGUGUGCUAACGCAUAUUCCCAUUAUUGGGCCAUACAAUACAGAGUGUCUUGUCACCUUUUUAGACACUCUCUACAGGGAUAUCAUCCCUGAACAAGAGAGGGGUCAGAUUGGAGAUGACCUGCCAAACAGUGAAAGCAUGGUUGAUGGAAGAAAGAUCACAGUUAUUGACACACCUGGAAUUUUUGAUACUCAUGAUGAUGAUGAUAUGAAGAUAAAACAUGAGAACGUAAGAUGUAUGAUCGAAAGUGCUCCAGCUGUUGAUGCCUUAGUCAUUGUCCUGAAGGUCGGGAGGUACACAAAACAAGAAACAGAGACUGUGGAUAAAACUCUGGCUGAUAAAUGUGGAGGUUGCUGUCACGUCAUCAGCAGUAGAGAGUACAAGAGCAACGGGGUUCAGGUCAAAAACCUGCUGGACAAGAUAGAAGAGAUGGUAAAAGUGAAUGGCCACUACACCACUGAGAUGCUUCAAAAGCUGGAGGAAAGAAAUCAAGUGGAUAUUGACAAGAAUAUAACCCCAAGAGCAAUCUGUCUUUACAAGAGAAAAGAGAAAAAGGGCAUUGUUCAUGAAGAAUAUGUGAAAAGGCUUGCAGGAUUGGCUGAAGGGACACUGAUUGAUGUUGGAGAAAGAGAUUCAAGAGGAAAUGAAAUUAUUCAUGAAAAAAUUCUUAAGCAGCUUGUAGGAGCAGCAACAGGAGUGGUGAUCGGUGCUCUUCUGGGAGCAUCCAAACCAUCUCACGACAUUAUAGGAGCGAUUGCAGGGAUGGCGAUCGGUGCUAGUCUGGCCUUUACAGUUCUGGUUUUGAAUAAUCUUGUCAUAUUCAUUUACAGAGGCCAACAUCAACAGCAGACAAGAAUAAUGGGAGCCAAUAUUUCACGCAAGAUUGUGGGAGCGUUGACAGGGACGGUGACAGGUGCCGGUCUGGUCAUGUUAGGACUGUUGACCCAAGUUUUUGUAAUUGCUAGAAGAAUGGGAAUUGCACAAGUUUUGGGGGCAGCAGGAUUUACAGGAAUUACAAGAGUUACAGGAGUUACAGCACCAGCAAAUGAAGUUGCAGAAGCAGCAGCAAACAGAGCAGCAGCAGUGGCUCAGAAACUACUUACAGCGAUCAGCACUGGAUUGAUUAUAGCAGCACUUGGAGGAUGCAUUAUUGGAUAUGAAGAGGGAGGACAAGCUGAUUCAAUGUAUGAUGCAACUACAAGGGCAUUAGAUUGUAACUUUGAGCUGGCAAAAUAUGUAAUUAAGAAAGUACGAGAAUUUAUUGCUUUUGUUUUAAAAGACAACAGAAUGUGAAACUGAACUAAAGAAGGGCUCAUAUGGCCCUUUUUAUAAGAUGCAUGUAAGUCUCAGGAGUCCCAAAAAUAUGUCUGUGACGUUUCAGUUUCAAAUACCCCACAGAUCAUUCAUUAUACCACGCUAUAAAUGUCCCUUUUUGACUGCAAGCGAAAAAUAUGCUGCUUUCAUGUCUCUUUAAAUGCAAAUGAGCUGCUUUCCCCUGCCUUUACAGCUCCUGCCUCAAUUACUACAGCAACAACACACA